AUGGUUAGUCAAAUUUUAUCUAAAAAGAGAAAGUUAGUCGCUGAUGGUGUUUUCUACGCCGAAUUAAACGAAUUCUUCACCAGAGAAUUAGCUGAACAAGGUUACGCUGGUGUUGAAGUUAGAAAAACCCCAACCAAAUUAGAAGUUAUUGUUAAAGCUUCUAACACUCAAGGUGUUUUAGGUGAACAAGGUAGAAGAAUCCAUGAAUUAACCUCAUUGAUUGUUAAAAGAUUCAAAUUAUCCCCAGAAGGUAUUGUUAUCUAUGCUGAACGUGUUGAAGAACGUGGUUUAUCUGCUGCUGUUCAAGCCGAAGCUUUGAAAAACAAAUUAUUAGCUGGUUUACCAAUCAGAAGAGCUGCUUACGGUGUCUUAAGAUUCGCUAUGGGUGCCGGUGCUAAAGGUGUUGAAGUUGUUAUCUCUGGUAAAUUGAGAGCUGCCAGAGCUAAAGCUCAAAAAUACGCCGAUGGUUUCAUGAUUCACUCUGGUCAACCAACCAAAGAUUUCAUUGAUAUUGCCAUUAGACACGCUUUAAUGAGACAAGGUGUUUUAGGUAUUAAAGUUAAAAUUAUGAAAGACCCAGCUGCUAACAGAUUUGGUCCAAAAGCUUUACCUGAUGCCGUUAAAAUUGCUGAAGCUAAAGAUGAAGACGAAAUCAUCCCAGCCCCAACCGUCAAAUCUUACAGAGCUGAAGAAGCCCCAGUUGAAGCUGAAGCUUCUGCUUAA